AUGCUUUUGAACCCCUUCCGACCAUGUGAGGGCUCUCCAACCUUCCAAGAGGAAUACCGGAAUAGCAGCUACGUCCCGGAGGUGAUUGAAACCGUCAUGGGCCGCCAGAUUGUGGCGCCAGAUACUCCCUACGUGGCCGCAGCCGGCCCCAACGCCCUAUACUUCAUCGACACCCGGUUCGACCCUGAGACGGCCCAGCAUAUCAAGCUACAAAUUGAGAAGGCCUCCGUGCCGCACCCAGACGAGUACGUCGCCAUUGACGAGAUUGAGGCCACGGCAGAGUUAAAGAACGGGUUGACCGGCGAAACGACCUUCGUGUUCGAUCCCUCCUAUGCUCGAGUGCUGUUCGCCAGAGGCAUAAACAGGCACAAUCCGGACAUCAAACUUCCAGAGCAUGAGCCGACCGGCGACUGGUUGGUAACCUAUGACUUAAUGAUAUCUUGA